ACGCUGACACCGAACGAUGCAACACUACCACAACACACAACCCAAAGAUAGUGCCAAUUCGUGUGGUCAUACAUGAAGUAACGACCCUGAGAGCUGAUGCGUGGAUAUGUAAAGGAAGCACGCCUCGCCUACAUAAUUGUGUGGGCUUCCUGUUACACGUGUGUGCACAAUGUACAAAUCCACCCCUAAAUAGACCAAGAAAACUCUCUAUACGGUACUAAUCACCACCACAAGGUCGAUAGGAUAUUCUGGACUAUAUUUAGCGAGAAUCGAGCGAGAUCGAUUGAAUAACGCCGCAUCACCUGGUGCCUAAAGCGAAGUGAAAAACUUUGACAUGAAGAUGAACUGCGUUGUUGGUUUUCUGUCGUUGACAAUCCUGUUGGAUAUCGUAUUGCUCGGGGCCUGCGACACAUAUAAGCCCCUUCAAUGGAGCCCUCUAAAUCCAUUAUUUCAAGCCACAUCUGAUGGGAACACCUCAGCAUACAGAAUAAAUGUCAAAAUGUAUUCCAGGUUCAACAUCAUUUGUCCAAAUCCUGCAAAUAACCCUGUCACUAUCAAAACUCAAAUCUCAAAGGAAAAUAUGUUUGAAAAUAUUUGGAGUGUGGACAAGAACAGUUUCGACACCUGUAUUGUCAAUUCCACAAAUAAUAGAAACAGCAAGGUCUCUGAAUGUAAUGAACCUUUAAAACUGAAUUACUAUACGAUGAUCUUCCUUCCAACUACCAGUAUCAGUGGACAACCAGAGUUUGAGUAUGGAAAGGACCAUUAUUUUAUAGCUACUUCAAAUGGAACCCAGGAUUCAUUGCGGAGCACUGCACUGGGUCACUGUCACACCAACAACAUGAGAUUCAUUAUUUAUGUCUGCAGGGAUAAUAAUGAUCCAUCGUGCAAAACAAAUACAGGUCCUGACCCACAGGACAAAACCGUUGAUAACCAAACAACUAAUCUUCCCCCUACUGAUAGGAAUUUAAUUAAACCUCCUGUUGCUGCUGGAAGAAAAGCCAAUUGCUUUAUCUCAGCUCAUGAAACUAUCUGGUUGAUUUUGGUCUGUGUUUUGGGUUCGCUAAUGUUAGUGUUGCUAUUAGGUCACAUUUUCUUAUGUUGCAGGAAGAGAGGAUGGAAGUCACUGGCAGCUGGCCGUGCCAAUCUUAUCCUGGACCAAAACUAGCGGUCUAUCACAAAUCUUGCCUUCUGAUUGGCUAUGCUACUAUAGGUCUAUUACUGAUAGCCCACUAGUAGAGAUCCAUUGUCUAUUUCUAUAAACAAAACUAGCGGUCUGUCACAAAUCCUGCAUUCUGAUUGGCUAUGCUACUAUAGGUCUAUUACUGAUAGCCCACUAGUAGAGAUCCAUUGUCUAUUUCUAUAAACAAAACUAGUGGUCUGUCACAAAUCUGCCUUCUGAUUGGCUGUGCUACUAUGUGUCUAUUAGCAAUAGCCCUCUCAAAGUAGUGCCGUUUUUUCAAUUUAUCAACUWAAGACAAAAAGGAAUGGUUGACAACCAUUUAAAAUUAUCGCUUCUUUCCGACUAGUUUGUUUAAAGUGAAACAGUAUUCCUUUAUUCGUUAUGGGUCRUUCGAGCCCUAGUUCAAACUUUUGAUGGUAAAGUAAGUUUCAAAAUGUUAUGAGAAUAUAAUUUACAUUACAAGCGUUGCUUUAGUURAGAAGUUCCCGAAUCACAAACCGGAAGUAAAACUUUCCGUUGCGCAUAGCAAAACUGAAAAAUAUUUGUUGAUAAUUUCGAAUUAUUUAUUUAUUUCUUACACCUCCUACAUAUUCAUCAUGAAAAUAAUCAYCCAUUACUAUAAAGAUUCUUUAUGUAUAUAAUGUACGUUGAUGAAGUAGUUUCAUAAUUUGUCCGCAUACAAGAUUUUGCAUUUUCUCAAAAGAGCAGGUGCAURUUACGUCAUWGCCGCCAUCUUGGUUGACGAUAACAAAGCAUUCCUCAUUAGCUUCUCUUGUUAGAUCAACCAAAAUGGCGGCUGUUUCAUUGUUAUUCAUAUCUCAAGGGAUUUUGAUUCACAUGUUUGCACACACUAUAUAUAGAGAAAGGAAACGAAUAUAGAAUGAAAAAUAUAAUCAGUUUACAGCUGUUUCAAAAAGAGAUUGCUGAAGGUUUUGUUGCAUCUUGCAUAACAAGCCGGAACUCCCAUUUGCGCGAUGUGAAUCCAAACAUCGAAAGAUAUCAAACGAAAUUCUCAAUCAGCCAAAAGUUACAACGAUAUGGAAUCUUACCAAACUUUGUCUUCACGUUUUACCGGCAUAUUUUCUUCUGUGCUGACAUUAUUUACAUAUGAAUAUAAAACAUUUCAAGCUUAGCAAACAACAUGCAACAAAAUCUUCACCAACCUUUUUUGAAUUAUGUAGAAUUAUUUGUAAGAAACGCAUGUAUCUGGUGCGCCUGUGACCCCGUUCAUGUAUGGGCAUGCAGAUAUUUUUGAAAAUGAAUUUUUUUUACGUGCGCAACACUUUUUUCGACUGAAUAGUUGCGUUUUCGAGGCCAAUCCGCAAAGUGAAAAAAUCUCGUUUUCAAAAAGUCUGGGGACGGAGCCUUGAUGGGUGUUAUGCAACGUUCAAAUCAUUCAAACGUUGCGUGGAUACCAUACUUACUUGCCUAAUGAUUGCAUGAAAUAUUUAAAUCCUUUAUAAACACUCCAUUUUUAGCCUAUUUGCUUGCAUAGUUAUGCACAGUCCUAUUUCCCUUGGUUACUGAUUGAUGUUUGCUUCGGCCAUAAAAAAAAAAAACCAACAAGAAUAAUCAAGUCAGAUAUUCUCAGUGUCUCUUCCACCAGAAUUUGUGAUUUUUACUGUACGGAGAAUAUCCGGGGAAUCUGGAGAAAUGCUUGGAGAAACAAUAAGAUGAAACAGAGAAAAUGAGGCACUGAAUGUUAAUGAUUUUUUGAAUAGAGAUGAACUAUUCUUAUAUCAAUAUGUAUUUAAUUAUUAUUGAAUAGUCUUAAGAAUUUAAACUCCUAGGUUUUAAAAACAAUUUCAAAUACAGUUAUUGUGAAUUAUAAUAUAGUAUAACAGUUAUAUGAUAUUGCUAGUCGUUUAUGAUAUUAUAUUUGUUAGAUAAGUUUAGUUAUUUGUACCCUGUGUGUCCGAUAAGAAAGGCCACCCUCUCUUUAUGGAGAAAAAAAUAAAAAUAAAAAAUCAAGAUAACUAGA